AUGGCAGCUCCUCGGUUGGCGGCGAUAACAGCGGUCCUCGGCUACCUUGUUGCUCUUGCAGCACUUGCAAGCUGCAGCACUGAAGGUGACAUACUGUACAAGCAAAGGUUGGCAUGGAAGGAUCCAAAAAAUGUGCUGCGGAGCUGGGAUCCGAAGCUUGCCAAUCCCUGCACCUGGUUCCAUGUCACCUGCAACAACGAUAACUCUGUCAUCCGUGUGGAUCUGGGGAACGCAGGCAUCUCAGGCCCUCUGAUUCCAGAUCUCGGAGGACUGAAGAACCUCCAGUACCUUGAGCUGUACCACAACCACCUGAAUGGUUCAAUACCAACAACACUCGGAAAUCUGACGAAUCUUGUCAGCUUGGAUCUUUAUAGUAACCAUCUCACUGGAGCCAUACCAACUACACUUGGCACCAUUGGCACACUGAGAUACCUGAGGUUGUAUAAGAACAAGCUGACAGGGUCUAUACCUGAAUCUUUGGGCAAUCUGACGAAUCUUGUCAUCUUGGAUCUUUAUAGUAACCAUCUCACUGGAGCCAUACCGACUACACUUGGCGCCAUCGGCACACUGGGAUACCUGAGGUUGUGUAAGAACAAGCUGACAGGGUCUAUACCUGAAUCUUUGGGCAAUCUGACGAAUCUUGAGAUGUUGGAGCUGCAGAAGAACGCGCUCAAUGGUGCAAUUCCAUCCUCUCUCGGCAACAUCAAAACAUUGAAGUUCCUGAAGUUGAACGCGAAUAUGCUGACCGGCACGGUUCCGUUAGAAGUUCUCUCUCUUGUCAUUGCUGGGAAUCUGACCGAGCUAAAUAUUGCAAAGAAUGACUUGGCUGGCACAGUCAGAUCAUCACGUUUAAGAGUGACUACAAUCAUCCAGGACAUGAUGAAGACUACAUGAUGAGUCCCUGGAUCAGGACAUUGGCUUUUUCCAUGCGUAUUGUAGUAUGAUAGAUAUGGCUCUCUCGGAUUUUCCCCUUUAGUACCAUUAGUUAAUGAGAAUA